CCAGAAACGACGCUACUCUUCCUCUCUUUCUGUCUGUCUACCUCUUUUACGCACUCUCUCAAGAGGAAGUGCUUCUGUCUCCGUUUCUGUCUCCCCGCCCAGGAAAUGGCUUUCCUUCAUGCGGUUACUAUGCCAACCGGCUCCAGCCGCUGUCUUGUGCCGAAGUGAGCGUGAUAAUGGCAUUACUCACACUGUGCUCCUCUCCUCCCUCUAUCCCUCCAUCUCUCUAUCAUCCAUCCAUCUAUUUCUCUACCCUUUAUUUGCUUUUAUCCUCCCACCACUCGUCUGCAACUCUCGCCUGUCGUUUCGCAUCGUGUGUCGUCUCAUUUCAUCUCUCCAUCUCAUCUCUCCUCCUCACUUUCACUUUCUCGUCCGCCCUUCUCCUCUUCCCAUCUCUCUAUCCGCGCUGGGGGUGUUGUAAGCCCUCCAGAGGAGCACAGCCAUAGUGGCUGCUCUUAUAGCAUCACUGUCAGGCAGGGAGGAGGUUCUUGCUGCCCCCCCUAUCCCCAUCUCCCCUCCUCCACCACCGCCACCAUGCUCCCCUACCCUCCUCCACCACCCCUGACACACAUACACACAUCCCCCUUGCUCCCGUUACAAACAAACCGCUGGGUUUAACGUACAGUACCUCGGCGGAGGCUGCGGGCGUCUCGGUCUUUAAAUAAUCUAAUGGUGCAUAAAGGCGUUUGUGUGUGCGCGUGUUUUCGUGUGUGUGUAGCUUUACUUUCGGGAGAGGGAUAGGGAGGGGAGAAAGAGAGAGAGGGGGGAAGGCGGAGAGAGCAAACGUGAGUGAAAGUGUUGUCAGCCAUUUUUCUCAUCUUUUUUUCCUGUUUUCUGCUUUAUUAUCGGCGCGCCGCUGCUCUCCGGCAGGAGAUGUGAUUGUCAAGUGCGCGGAGAGACGAAGCAGGCAUUUUCUUCGCUUGGAUGAAAGGAUAUUUUUUCUCUCUCUUCUUCCUCUUCUUCCUCCUCCUCUGUGGUUUUAAGAUAUUUCUGUGGGAAGCAGCGGGGAGGCUGGAAUAAACGCAGAAAGCUGGUGUUGGUCUGGAGAGUCUAAUCAGGCCAAGGAACAGCGGAUACUCCCAAAACUGUCAAGCCGCCGCCUCCUUCCAGAGAGACGGCGCAGGCGAGGGAGGGGAGAGGGCAGGUGGCUUUGGAUGAAGAUGGGGGUCUAUGCUGUAGCAUAGAGCAGGUCCGGGAUGUUAGAUUUUAGCCCGGCGAACAUUUUUUCAUUAUGAAACCAUUAGCAGCAUCAGACAGCAAUGGAGUCCCGAGCCAGCAAGAUAAAACCCCGCUCCCCGCAGACUUCAGCAGACUUCACCUGGCCGACGGCUUGCACCCACAGGUGACCCACGUCUCCUCCAGCCACUCAGGAUGUAGUAUCACCAGCGACUCUGGAAGCAGCAGCCUGUCAGACAUUUACCAGGCCACAGAGAACGAGCCAGGUGACAUGGACCUGAGUGGCCUGCCAGAGACCGCCGUCGACUCCGAGGAGGACGACGAUGAGGAGGACAUCGAGCGGGCGUCGGAUCCCCUCAUGAGCCGGGACAUUGUGCGUGACUGCCUGGAGAAGGACCCGAUGGACAGAACCGAUGAUGACAUAGAGCAAUUACUGGAGUUCAUGCAUCAGCUGCCAGCAUUUGCAAACAUGACCAUGUCAGUGAGGAGAGAACUCUGCGCCGUCAUGGUUUUCGCUGUGGUCGAGCGCGCCGGCACCAUCGUUCUCAAUGAUGGAGAGGAGUUGGAUUCCUGGUCAGUGAUUCUGAAUGGUUCGGUGGAAGUGACGUAUCCAGACAGCCGGACAGAGAUCCUGUGUAUGGGGAACAGCUUUGGGGUGUCACCAACCAUGGAAAAGGAAUACAUGAAGGGUGUGAUGAAGACCAAGGUGGACGACUGCCAGUUUGUGUGUAUAGCCCAGCAGGACUACUGCUGCAUCCUCAACCAGGUGGAGAAGAACAUGCAGAAGGUGGAGGAGGAAGGUGAGAUUGUUAUGGUGAAGGAACACCGCGAACUGGACCGCACCGGCACCAGGAAAGGACACAUAGUAAUCAAGGGCACACCGGAGCGUCUCACCAUGCACCUAGUGGAGGAACACUCAGUGGUAGACCCCACCUACAUCGAGGACUUCCUGUUGACCUACAGGACCUUCCUCUCCAGCCCCAUGGUCGUGGGCAAGAAGCUCCUUGAGUGGUUCCACGACCCCAGUCUCAGGGACAAGGUUACACGGGUAGUCUUGCUGUGGGUAAACAAUCACUUCAAUGACUUUGAGGGUGACCCUGCCAUGACUCACUUUCUGGAAGAGUUUGAGAACAAUCUGGAGAAAGAAAAAAUGUGUGGGCACCUCAGACUGUUAAAUAUAGCGUGUGCUGCUAAAGCCAAGCCGCGGCUGGUGACACUGACCAAGCCGUCCAGGGACUCUCCACUUGCAUUCAGCCUUCUCGGAGGUCAGGAGAAAGGUUUCCGCAUCUUUAUUGAUGCUGUGGAGCCUGGGAGCAAGGCAGCAGAAGCCGGCCUUAAGCGUGGAGAUCAGAUCUUGGAGGUCAAUGGGCAGAACUUUGAGAAUGUCCAGCUCAGCAAAGCUAACGAGAUCCUGAAGAACAACACCCACUUGUCCAUAACUGUGAAAACAAAUCUUCUAGUGUUCAAAGAGCUUCUAACAAGGCCAGAACACGACCAUGAUUUGGAUGGUGAGGAAGAGCAUGACAGAAAGAACGGGGCACCCCACCUUCCAAAGAUUGGAGACAUCAAGAAGGCCAGCCGCUACUCCAUCCCCGACCUGGCAGUGGAUGUGGAGCAGGUGAUGGGCCUGGAGAAAGUCAGCAAGAAAGCGAAGACCAACACGGUGGGAGGACGCAACAAGCUGAAGAAGAUCUUCGACAAGACACUCACCAGCAUCCUGCCGCCUAAACCAUACAAUGACGUUUGCGUGGGCCAAUCACAGGACGACAGCAUCGUGGGGAUGAAACAGUCCAAACAGAUCCCACCAGCUCUGCCUGUCAGUGGAAACCUCUCGUCGUCCAACCCAGACCUUCUGCAGUCACACCACCGCAUCCUUGACUUCAACAACCAGCCUGAUAUGUCAGACCAGGUAUUACGAGUCUUCAAAGCUGACCAGCAGUCUCGGUACAUCAUGAUCGGGAAGGACACAACGGCUAAGGAGGUGGUGGCCCAGGCCAUCAGGGAGUUUGCCCUGACAGCAGCACCAGAGGCAUAUUCUCUGUGUGAGGUGUCCGUCACACCAGAGGGUGUCAUCAAACAGAGGCGAUUACCAGACCAGCUUUCUAAACUAGCCGACAGGAUUCAGCUGAGCGGCAGAUACUACCUGAAGAGCAACAUGGAGACAGAGACGUUGUGUUCAGAUGAGGACGCUCAAGACCUCCUUCGAGAAGGCCAGAUCUCUCUGUUACAGCUCAGUACAGUGGAGGUGGCCACUCAGCUCUCAAUGCGGGCCUUUGAACUUUUCUGUGCCAUCGAGCCCACUGAAUAUAUCGAUGACCUGUUCAAGCUGCGCUCCAAGACAGGCUCAGCCAGCCUGAAGCGCUUUGAAGAGGCCAUCAAUCAUGAGACGUUCUGGGUGGCCACAGAGGUGACACGGGAGCCCAACCAGCUGAAACGCAUGAAGACCGUCAAGCACUUCAUCAAGAUCGCCCUGCACUGUCGCGAGUGCAAGAACUUCAACUCCAUGUUUGCCAUCAUCAGUGGUCUGAAUCUGGCUCCAGUCUCCAGACUGAGGGGAACAUGGGAAAAGCUACCUAGCAAAUACGAAAAGCUGUUCGGGGACUUGCAGGACCUCUUCGACCCUUCCAGAAAUAUGGCCAAGUACAGAAAUGUCCUCAACAAUCAAAACCUCCAGCCACCAAUCAUCCCCCUGUUCCCUGUCAUCAAGAAGGACCUCACAUUCCUACAUGAAGGCAAUGACUCUAAAGUGGACGGUCUGGUGAACUUUGAGAAGCUGAGGAUGAUUGCCAAAGAAAUUCGCCACGUUGGUCGCAUGGCGUCUGUCAACAUGGACCCGGCCCUCAUGUUCCGGACAAGGAAGAAGAAAUGGAGAAGUUUAGGGUCUCUAAGCCAGGGUAGUGCCAAUGCGGCAGUGCUCGAUGUCACCCAGACAGGGGGGCACAAGAAGCGGGUGCGUCGCAGCUCCUUCCUGAACGCCAAAAAGCUUUACGAGGACGCCCAGAUGGCGAGGAAGGUCAAACAGUACUUGUCCAACCUCAGCCUGGAGACGAACGAGGAGAGUCUGCAGACACUCUCGCUGCAGUGUGAGCCCUCCAUCAGUACGCUGCCCAAGAAUGCCGGUGGGAAACGACCAGACACCUCCCCAGUCGUGUCCAGAGCUGCCAGUCAGCAAAGGGGCCAGUUGGCCAAAGGAAACCAGGCUCUCCAGGUCCCCGCUGUGGCCCUCUACCCAUCCCGAAAGAAAGUGCCAGUCAAAGAUCUGCCGCCUUUCGGCACCAGUUCCCCACAGUCUCUGAAGAAGAUCCUGUCUCUGUCAGAGGAAGGGACCGAAAGGCACCGGAGGCAGCCAGAAGACACAGUGUCCAACGCCUCCUCCCAGCUCUCCUCCCCUCCCACCUCCCCCCAGAGCUCGCCCAAGAAGGGUUACAACAGGACAGCAGACGCCUACUCAGACUCCGGUCACAGUGAGAUCUCCUCUCGCUCCAGUCUCGUCAGUAACUCGUCUUUCGACAUGGCCCAGGAGGAGAGGAGACUCCGCCACUCUGGAGGAGUUGGGGAGUCUCACAUUGGGGGACCGCGGCUGGAACGAAGAGCCACCACUGACCCCGACCAGUACAGCCUUGGGUCAUAUUCAUCGAUGCAGGACUGUCGGGGUAUUUACGCCGGCUGCCCUACAGUGCUCUCCUCGCCCAGUUCAGAGGAGCUAACUCAGGAUCAGGGCGAUCGUGUUUCCCUCGAUGCUGCAGACAGCGGCCGCGGCUCCUGGACUUCCUGCUCCUCUGGUUCCCAUGACAACAUCCAGACCAUGCAGCAGGGACGUAGCUGGGAGACUCUGGCUUUUGGUGGAGGUGGAGAGGCCUUUUUAGGAGGACCUGCUGCACUGUGGGCAGCACAGGCCAGGGGGAGCUGGGCGUCAGCCAGCUCCUCUUCAUCCUCAGCUGCGUACUGGGGAGAGGACUCUGAGGGUGACACUGGCACCAUCAAGAGGAGAGGAGGGAAGGACGUCAACGCCGACCCAGAAACAAGUAGCAUCACAUCCACCGGGUCAGAGGAGGCCAAACAGCUCAGCCGGCCAUCUCCAUCACCCAUCACCGCUGGGGGUAAAGGCCUCAUUUCACGAAAAGAAGGCCGCUACCGUGAGCCGCCCCCAACUCCCCCUGGCUACACUGCCCUGACCAUCUCUGACCUCGCCGAAGGACAACACCCAACCCCGUCGGUCCCCACGACCACAGCGACCCACUCAGGCCGCCGGCCACCAGACUACACCACAGCUCUACAGCGCUCACGCAUGGUUACCCAGUCGCCUGACUCCCACCAGGCCCACCAGGGGGUGAAACAGCGGGCAGGUGGCCUCCACCGCACUCGCUCACCGGCCGAGGAGCAAGAGCCCGAUGAGGAAGAGGAGGGUGAGUCCUUGUCUUCCAAACUAGUCGCUCUGAGGAAGCCAAAGCCAGUGGCACAGCAUACACCUGAGACUCCCAGACCAUGAGAGUGUGUGUACGGGGGUUAACAGGCAGGGCCCCUCUCCCCAAGGCAGAGGAUGAACAGGUGUCAGCAGUGUGAGGGACAGCGGUGGACGUCCUUUUGCAGUAACUUGAAGUCCCCCUGGUUCGGGGUGGGCAGGAUUAAAGAGACAGACAGACAGACAGACCAAUAAACUCAUCAUCAGUUACGUACGUGCCUGCCUCCUCCACUUGGCUCUCCCUCCUGAUCGGUGGAUUCCUCUGCUCGUCUCCCUCCACUGCCUUAAAGCAUCAUGGGGGGUUGAAUGACCCUGCAUGCAAAAAAUACUGUGAAGAAGAAGAGGAGAUGGAGAGAAGGUCAAAGACAAUAACAAAAUGCCUGGCACUUUGGAAAAAAAAAAAGACUACAGAAACCUAACUGGCGCCGACCUGGCUGCAUACACACAAAACCACAUAGAUGUUGCUGUUUGAAACGGGGCCGGCUCCUUAAGACCGGCCACCCCCCACCCAGCGACAAAAACCCCCAAACCCACCUGUUAACACAACAGCAUCAUGACGUGUUGAGCUUCAUCUGCACUUUCUCAUUUUCUACUUUCUAAAAACAGAACAAAGUAAAAACAACAAGAGACUAUUGUUUGAAGACAGAGAGAAACAACAGUUGACUUGACUCUUAGUUUUCAACUUCCCUCUAGAUUUCAUUUCUUUUCUCUUUUUUUUUUUUUGUUUCAUUUUCUUUGACUGAUUGCACUCUGGGGGGGCCCAAAAAGAGAAACCAAGUCAGCCCAUCAUUUCUCUGCUUGGACUGAAACAACCCAUCUGUUGUUGAGUGUUUGAACUCUUAAAUCCAGUAUUAUCUCAUGUUUCACAUGUGAAAGCUUAUCAAGUGUUGGUUCGAAUCAAAGCUAGGAGGGAAGAUCUAUCGGGAGAAUCAACACGCACAGUGUACUGACAUACCUAUGUGCACACAUACACACACACACACACACACACACACACACAUACACAGAGUACACUUUAUGUACCAGUACAUACACAAAAACACAGUUCAUUUCUUAAAAAAUAAAUAAAAUAAAUAAAAUAUAAUAGCACUUUCAGCACAAUCCUAGAUGUUACCAGACGUUUGGCCUGGAUAGCAGGGUAUGAGUGAACCAUGUCUUACUGUCAUCCCACCGUGGAGCUUGUCUGGUUAUAUCAAAGUCUCUUCAUGAUCCUGUGGCUUGCUGUUACAACGAGAGCGUGCUGUUUUUAUUAGUUACCUGUAGGUGAUAUCAAAAAGCACAUAGGUGAUUGACCACCCACCGAAAACUGAGCAAACACGUUGGUCUCUACAGCGCAUCAGAGGUACACGAGGUAACUAAAAUAAAUCACAAAGUGCAGCAGCAGUAGAGAAGAUUGAAGCCUGUAGAUUCACCCUGUUUGCACAAAUUUAAGAGGUCAUGUCAGACUGGCAGGAAUUCUUAUCAUUUAUGAAUCAAAGUACAAAAUGGAAGCGAGCACUCACUGACAUUAGAAGUUGCCUCGUGUUCCUUUAUUGUGGCAUGAAGGGAACACAGGGUGGUAAACAGCAGAUUUCAUGAGCUGCCAAUGUGUAAAAUUGUGAGUGUACCUCUAACUAUCUACUUUUACAAAAUGAUCUUGUACAGAGUCUUAUAAUACACAUAUUUCCCUUCAAAAUAAAGGAUCCACAAAUUCAGAUUUGGCUUCCCCCCCCAACCCCCCCAACCUGAACUUACACCACAUAUUGUGAAUGUCCAAAGCGCCUUACGAUGCCAUGAUUGCAUACAUUUCUUUGCAUGGUUGCUCUCAUCAUGAAUCACCUUGUUUCAAGAGCAGUCUUGAAUCAAGCAAUAGCGGAGUGAAAUGCCUUAUUCAAGAUACUUCCCCUGACUUAUUUUGUAAUAUAUUAAGACUCAGUACAAGAUGAAGUCGAGCAUUUUCAUUUCUGUUUUAUUGUUACGUGGCUUCGGACAGCAUCAUCAGACUCUGGCUGUGGCUGUGGCUGUUACGUGUCACGGUGUGAUAGAUCUUUUUGUCUACACACAGUGACCCUGCAACCUCUUCCUCUGCUGUUGUGUUACUAGAAUCAUCUCAAAAAAGGAAGAAAAAAACUCCUCUCACCUGUUACAGACGUCAGCUCUGUGGAUGCUGUAUGUAUAUCGCUAACGCCUGCAUCCAGUUUUCCACCAUAUCUUGCCAUCAAUGGAAGUGACUGAAGAUUUUGAUUUUUUUUUUUUUUCCUUUGACUCCGGUGGGGAAGCUGACAUAUGAAGAAACUUUUUUUUUCAAGGCUGCCAAUCAGAACGAUUAGAAAUCCAAUUGUGAAAAAUACCUUUUUUUUCCUUCUAUCACUGAUUCGCACUGAUCACAUUGAUCAGUCUUGGAAACUACAGACUGAGAAAAAGAUGAAUGAGUGCAGUGUUUUCCACUGUGUUCUGUGACUACAUACUAAUAAUUUCCUGGGUUACUUUUGUUUAUUGUAAUUUUUUUGUAAUGGCUGCAGAUAGAUUGUUAAUAAUUUGUUUGUAUUACAGUGGUGACAUGCAUCAUUCACUUUCAUUCAACUCUGAAGAUAAUGUGCAUAUUAGCAGGCUGAGUCCUAUUUCGAAAAACAAAAAGUUGCACAAAAAUGUACAAGCGUAAAGAUAAGUGUAGUAGGUAGAACUGCUACUCCGUUUGAUGUGUGAUGUCAGUGAGAAAUGUACAUUUAGCUGGUGAUGACCUUCUGUUCUUCAUUCUUUCUUGUACUACUUUGACCUGUAUGUCUUUUAAAAAGACAAUUGGUGGAGUAUGUAUCAGUUGUUUUUGUAUUUUUAAUACAAUAAUUGUAAAUAUUGGUUAUAUUUUUGUUCAAAUGUACUAUGUUUAUGCCUCAACAUCCAGUUUAUAUGAAGCUGGUAAUCAAUAAAUACUGCAUAAAGAAUCAA